UGGAAGGAAUGAAGUGAUAGAGGCAGUUGUUCUGCAGUUUAAUGAAUUUUCUCCAUCAGAAUGAUGAUCCACCCUGUUCUGUUCCUCUGCUUCCUAUCAGGAAUCUCCUCUGGACACAUUACCCUCUAUACAGCGAGUGAAGGACAAAGUAUCUCCUUUGAAUUCCCCUUCACUCAGGCUGCAAACAGCAGGAGAUACUUGUGUAAGGGAGAAUGCACAGAGGAAGGCUCCCUCAUUACAACACAUCAUGCCACAGCUCAGGUGGGAAGAUACAGCCUCAGAUAUCAUGAAGGAUUGUUUGAAGUGACCAUCGAAAAUCUGACAAAGUCCGAUUCGGGGCAGUACAGGUGUGGUGUGAGGAGCCCUUUUUUACCAGAUUGCUACGAGGAGCUCAUUGAGAUCAGAGUUACAGAAGCUCAGCCACCAGUUGAAAUAACCAAGCUGCCUGAGCAGUGGUUCACUGAGGAAACAAGACAUGUGACUGAAGCUCAGCCUUCAGUUGAAAUAACCAAGCUGUCUGAACAACGGUCCAGUGAGGGAACAAGACAUGACACUGAAGAUUUAACCACUUUUUCAACAACCAUCAAGCAGUUUGAAUGGGAGCAGACUGAGGACACCACAGCUACAGUGUCGCACUUGGCUUACCCCCUGGUUGUGGGCAUAUGUGCGGCGGUGGUUGCUGUUGUUGUUGCGCUCUUGGCUGUUUUUCUUCUGCUGCUUCACAAAUGGAAGACAAAUAAGGGAAGUGAUGGUUUGAACACCAGGGAAAAGUCAGACAACACAAACACAGAGUUUGUCACCUAUGAAAACUGGGAUCUAGCCACCUGGUGCGACUCCACAUACCAGAGCCUUGAUCCAGCCAGCAGAGAUCAGGACCAGCUCUACUUUACCUUCACAUAGGAUGUGCCGUUAUUGAAUGGACACGUUUUUAACAUAAAAUCUUUCAGCACAAAUGUGUGCGAUUCCUUUUUUGAACAUCAUUGGUCCUUCAUCUGAUGCACCUUCUGCUGACGGACUGUGUGGGACAAAGUAAAGGAAGGGAUCAUUCACUAAUCUAAUCUAAGUCUAAUCAGGUGUCAGUUAUGAGUCACAUGUCAGACAGCAGUUUGACCUGAUGGUGGAGGCUCAAGGCAGAAUCUCCAGAUUCAGAUUUAUUUAACUUGAGAAAAGGUCUGAAUGACCAACGGUUGCUGUAGUGAACUUUUACAAUAAACUGUUUACAGGAAGUAAGAGUUUUAAUGCAGCAAAAUGAUUGAGUAUCUGGGCAUUUACCUAAAGCUCAGUUCUGAGAAUCAAGAGAGGGAGUGGGUGAGAGACCAGGAAAAUAUGUUGAAAUAAAAACCUAACCACAACCUCACUGAGCAAUUUAGUGGAAGCUGAAGUGAGGAACUAAGUUUGUUUAUACAUCAGAGACACAGUGGAAAGUAAAGUGGUAACAUUUCUCCUGCGGUUUAUUAAUUUCUCUUCAUCAGGAUUAAAUUCAGAAUGAAUAUCCACCAUGCUCUGCUCUUCUGCUGCUUAUCAGGUGAGGCAUGAUGACCUGUAUGUCUCUUUAAAGCUGAGGUACACGCUCCCUUACAUACUUUUUACAUACUUUACACGUUUGUCCUUAAUUUGUGUAAAUAUUAGAACUGUUUCAUGCUUAAGGACAAUUUCUAUAUUGUUUUGUUUGCAUUUAUUAGUAUCCCACUGUUUAAUUUUAGCUUCAGUUGUAAUAUCUUUAUAAAAGUGUGAUAAUUUUAAGGCUGCAAUUAUUAUUGUUAUUGAUUAAUCUGUGGAGUAUUUUCUAAUUAAUUUAAUUGUUUAGUUGUUGAUAGUGACAAAUGCUCUUUGAAAUUUCCCAGAGCCAGAGAUUUUGUAUCAGAUUGCUUGUUUUGUACAACUAAUAGUAUUCAAUAUACUAAUGAUACAACUAUCAGUUAUUUUCAUUAUUGAUUAAUCUCCUGAUUAUUUUUUCAAAUGAGUAAUCCUUUGGUCUAUAGAAUAUCACAAAAAAGUGAAAAUGCCCAUUCCUUGAGGUGAUGGAUUCAUACAGCUAAAUACAUUAUAUUUUAAAAGCUGGGGAACUAGGGAAUUCAUUUGUCAUUUUUAGCUGAAAAUUGACUGAAACAAUUGAUCAAUUAUUAAAUAGUUGCUGAUUAAUUUUAAGUUAGUCAACUAAUUGAUUAAUUGAUUUAUCUACAAUAACAUAAUACCGAAAAAGCAGCAAAUUCUCACAUUUGAGUUUAAUUUUGGCAUUUUGCUUGUGCCUUGGCUUAUAGCUAUUAAAUAAGGUCCAGCAGUGUUAGAAAAUGCUCUACUUAUUGACCUUUCAUUAAUAAUCUAACAUGAAUGUUUGAAUGUAGCAUGUAUGUAUGAAUUGAUCCAAAGCUUUUACAGUUUACUUUUCUAUUGCCUAUAUGACUUUGUAUUUGUCUUAUUCUUUACCUUAUGAAGUAUUUUGUAAUCUGUUUUUGAAAAUUGCUGUAGUAGUAGUAAGUAGUAUAUUGCAUCAUACUGCUUCAUAGGUUUAUAAACCUAAAAGCAUUAUUUUUUG